CUCCUUCUCGUGAUUCGUGCAAAGCCAUCGUUCAAUUUUUUCCUGCUCUUUUUUCCAAUGAACGUGGAUCAUAUUAUCCAGGUAAUUUCCGAAAUAUCGUCAGGCGUCUCUCGUAGGUCGUGUUUGCAAGAAUCGUGAACAUCGUUUUUCAUUUUUCCAAACGUCACAGCUACCCACAGUAUCAUCACGGUGUACAUUUUCCCGCACAGAGGCUCUACCAUCGGUCCUACUGUCUGGCAGAUUCCUAUCUACCGAUGCUUUUUCGACGCACCUAAGCUGCCGUUUGUGCAUGCAGUCGUUUGUUUCCUUUUUGUUGCCUUUUCAGCAACGAGGAGGUUGAUAGUAGAUGAAUUCAGAAGGUUGUUUACCGUAGUCCCACAUAGCCACUGUUUUUUUCCCCAUCCCCUCUCACGCACCCCCUGACUCAAUCCCCCUGUUUUUUUUUCGGCUUUGUGAGUCCUUCUCCGUUUUUCUGCUCUUGUUAAGUAUUAAUCCCAACAGAUCACUGCUGCGCCAAUACCAUACCCGAGGUCCGAUACGUAGAGUAAGAAGUAGGUACCCGCGUCGGAACGACCCCCCACACCAUCACGCCAUGGCUACCCGUCCAGCCACAGCGCCGCCGGACACGCGGGGCGAGUUGGCGAGAGCGAAGAAAGCCAUUGCGGAGGGGCGACCGGUGGUGUCUAUGAGCAAGGUCGCUGGGAUCAUGAACCAGUACGCGAGCAUGAAAAAAAUCCAGACCGCCGCCCAAAGGAGGAACGUGCGGUAUGAUCAGCAAAUAAUAUCUCGCGUUCGGGAGUGUAAGUGUUGUGAUGCUAACAGACAUGGAGAACGAAGAUGAAUGGAUCAUUGCAAUGGCAAGCAGUCUACUCCGGGGCCACGCAUAACAAGUUUUUACGUGACUACAACAUUUAUACGUAAAGCACGUGAUAGACUGUAGUUUUGCAGCAUGACGAUCAUAUACCUAUGGCGCUGUGCUACAGCAUAUUUGAAAAUCUGAUGUUCUUUCACUUUCUCUAGAGUUAGCCGAGCAUGACAAUCUUCCGGACCCGAACAUGUUUGCAGUGCAUAUGCGGGAGUGUGAGGCAACCAACCGGGAGAUGGAAAAGAUUCACCACGUCAUAGCGGAACUGAUCAUUGCAAUGGACUUCAAGUUCUUCGAGCGCAUGACAGUGAAGCAGUUGGUAAAAACCGCGAGCCUAAUGGAAGUCAGGAAGUUCACAGCGGGAGAAACCAUAUUCAGAAAAGGAACCACAGGUAUGAUUCAUUCGAUUUUUCCAGAAGCCCUCUGGCUACUGCGCACUUACUCCUCGUCCAUUUCACCUUAAGGUCAGCCCGACUUAUUUGUUCGAACAAGGUCAUGUGUAGUGAGGUCACGAAGAACUUUCUGACCUGGUAGGUGGUUGCAGCUUUACUUCUUCAUUGAAAAUAUUACGAGCAAGGAGAAGGAGCCCAGUGUCGCCUGAAGAUGAUAUAUAAGAAGUUCAACAUUCGUGCACCUUAGGACGAUUUCUACUAUCAUCAUCAACGAUCACUCCAGGCCACCACUUCUACUGUGUGUUCCUCGGCGAGGUGGAUAUUUUGUUGCAGGAAGGUGCCCGCCCCAUCGCGUCCCUGGGGCCGGGUCAGAGUUUCGGGGAGCUGGCUCUGAUCAACGACACGCCGCGGGCGGCAACGGUGCGGGCGAAGACCGCGUGUCUGUGCGGGCUGCUGUCCCGCCACACGUUUUCCGCGAUGGUGUCAAACCAGGAGGCCAUUUCGCAGGCCCAGGCCUACGCGUGCGUGCACCACUGCAUUCCUUUCUCCGAGUACAUCCCGCCGUUCAAGCGAAAGAUUGCGGCGUGCAUGGAGACGCGGAACAUCCAGGUGGACCGCGAGCUGUGUCCGGGAACCAACUUAGCCGAGCACUUGAUCAUCACGCGGAAGGGGAAUUUUGAAAUUCUGGCCGACGUCGAGCUCAACAUGGCGGAAACGCAAGCGCAACUCAUGUACGACAGCAGCGGCAACGCGGUCCUGAACGAGGGGGAGAAAACGCGCAAGACCUUCACAAAAGUGCCCAUACUCAAAUUCGACAAACCAGGUAUCAUGCACAUUCAUGAUUGUUUUGUUGACGCAUCAAGUGGUGCGAAGUGAAAAUAAAUGCAAUAGUAAAAAAUGUCUGACCUGUUUAUUUCGAGUUGUAGACUAAAGUUUUUCUUUUUGUAAUUGUAACUGUAGUAUCAGUGCUCGGUAUUCCGCCCGAGGACGAUGCGCGAUGCAUUUUCUGUUUCGAAGAGUAUUUUUGUUGUCGCACGGUGUCGGCGACGACACGUUCGAAGCAAAUGGGAUGUUGAUGCGCAGGUCUGCAUUGCUAUCCACCUUACAUGUGUACGUAUUUUGCAUGGACGAAUUCAUCAUUUCAGUUUAUAAAGAUUUGUUUUUUUUCCCCAUCUCUACGCAGGUCUCGUCUUCGGCAUGGGCGAGGUGCUGAACGGGGGACCGAACGCGCACGGCGUCCGGGACUGGGUAAAGGACGCGAAGUAUCAAAUGUAAAAAUGUCUGGGGCUGGAAACUUGUGAUGCUAAAAUGUGCAUGAUGGAAACACUUCCGAAUGCAGUCCGGCAUGACAAUUUCCCAAAACGCUUUCUCAUAGGCAAUCCGCAUGAGAAACUGCGUUUUUGCAUGACAAAAGAGGCUGCGACUUUUGUUGGUUAUGCAAUACAGAUUUUCUAGGUAUGGAAAGCUAGCAUUACAAGUUCCAACCUUCCAGACCCAGACACUUUUACAAUCCAUACGAAGUUCACGAAGCUGUACAUGGUCGCGCGCGGCGCCGGCGCCACGGCGUUCGUGAUUCCCAAGAAGAAGUUUCGCGCGCUGCUGCGGGAGGAGAUCGACAUGCGGCGGUGGUGCGAGCGGUACCACCAGAUCAAGUUCCGGCACCAGAUCCAGCAGAUCAGCACCAUCUGCCAGACCCUGAACCGGGCGGACUUUUUGGCGAAGAAGAGUUUCUACAUGAUCAAGAUCUACGAGGAGAUUGACCGGCAGAACACGCGGUUCUACGACCAGGUCGAGUGGCGGUACUACCUGGAGGACAUCCGUGAGCGGGGGCAGGAGAAGCUGAACUGGCAGCGCAUGAAGGCGGCCGCCGAGCAGCGCGCCGCGGGGAAGAAGCAGGUCGUGUAUGAGGUCGAGCUGCAGACCGCGGAAGAAAAGGGGGAGCAGAGGGACAAGACCUGGGACUAUAUCUGAGCGGUAGUUCUUGUUGGGUUCGUUCUUCGGGUGCAUGCUUUUAUCUUGACGAAGUAGAUCCGCAACGCGACAUGAUGGCUCAGAUGUGAGUGGUUUUUGAGGGACUCACGAACGCCUCGGAAGAGCCACAAGGAAUUCUCAGGUUGCUUGUGUUCUCCGUAUGUUCAACAUCGACCUGAGCCCUUCUUGUUGUGAUUUCCAGGUGAUAGUCGUAUUCUUCGACCUCUCCUUUCAGCCAUUUUUACGCAAGAGUUUUGACAGAAGAGUGGGUUCUGUCGUAACUCAAGUUAGAUUAAGUAUGUUGAAGAAUUAAAAAUAAGACAUGUCACACUAUGUUACCUUUAUGUUCGACAAAGCCUUGCUGCUCUUCGAUGGUAAUAUCUGAAACCUGGUUUGAUAAUGUAUACGGUGCUCUGAGUUAUGUUUGUGGCGGGCCCUGGACGCUCUAGUUAUGGUUACGGCACUGUACAAUAUUUCUGGCGGCGAGGUAUGCAAGGGCGGUGCUUGUCCUGAAUACGCGGG